AUGCCUUACUCACAAUUACACACUUUACAAAAAAAUGACAACAAUAACAUUAAUACUAAUAAAAGGUAUUAUUGUUAUAGACAUAAAUUAGAUCUAAAGAGAAAUUCUAUGAAUUCUAAUGAAUCUACCAUGCUUGAAAAUUUACAACAGAUGCCAACAGAAGAAAAACAAACAAUUGAACAAAUAUCAUCAUUAUUUUCUAAACUUUCUUUAAAAAGUCGAAAUAUUGCUUUAGAAGGUUUAUUACACCAAUGCUGCUCAACACAAUUAUCAUUUCUUUCAAAUAGAUUAGAGGAUUUGAAUCGAAUAGAUUUUAUUGCACACCUUCCAGAGGAACUCUCACUUCAUAUUCUUUCUUAUUUGGAUGCAACCUCGCUGUGUCAUGCAGCUCAAGUUUCCAAACCAUGGAAAUUAUUAGCUGAUGAUGAUCAGGUGUGGCAUAAAUUAUGUGAACAACACAUUGAUAAAAAAUGUUAUAAAUGUGGUUGGGGACUUCCUUUAUUGGAAAAAAGAAAACAUAUGAAUAGAAGAAGAAUCCUUCAAAAUCCAUCACCUAUAAAAAGAGACACAAAACUAAUAACUACUAAACCCUGGAAAGAAAUCUAUUCAGAGCGUCUUGCCGUUGAAAGAAACUGGCGAAAGGGUAUGUAUAAUGCCCGUGUGUUGAAAGGACAUCGAGACGGGGUAACCUGCCUACAGUUCAACGAUGAGAAGAAUAUUCUAAUUAGUGGGUCUUAUGACGCAACUGUUAGAAUAUGGGAUAUUGAAAAAGGAGAAACUGUGCGUAUACUUACAGGACAUCUGAAUUGUGUCAAAACACUACAAUUCGAUGAUGUCAAGCUUAUAACAGGCUCUUUGGACCAUACGAUAAAAUUAUGGAAUUAUAAGACGGGGCAGUGUAUCAGGACGUUUUGUGGACACGCGGAUGGAGUUAAUUCUAUACAUUUCAAUGAACGGAUACUUGCUAGUGGAUCAGCCGAUUGGACGGUUAGGGUCUGGGAUUUCACAUCAUGCGAACAGUAUGCCCUGAGAGGCCACACGGAUCGUGUAAACUGUGUUAUAAUUUACAAACAGUCACAAGUCUUAUCUUCGUCAGAUGACUGUACGAUAAGAGUAUGGGAUUUACCAACAAAAUCUUGUGUGCGAGUAUUUACGGGGCAUAGAUUACAAGUACCCAUUGAUGUACAAAGAUGCGACGGAGGAGUUCAUGAAAACGAAGACUUACCUAUUAUUGUGUCGGGUUCGCUCGACAAUACAAUAAAAAUCUGGUGUUUUCAAACGGGAAAAUGUUGUAAAACGUUAUUUGGUCAUCUUGAAGGUGUUUGGACUCUAGCAUUAGAUAGAUUGAGGUUAGUGAGUGGUUCACAAGAUAAUUUGGUGAAGAUUUGGGAUAAGGAUACUGGAUAUGAUUUACACACCCUGGAAGGACAUAGCCAACCAGUGACAUGUGUCGCAUUGAGCGACACGAAAAUUAUUAGUGGCAGUGAUGACAAAGAAAUUAGAAUUUGGGAUUUUAAAGUUUAG